AGUUUUUGUUUACUUCGCCAAGUAGUAAGAGACUGGUGAAGAACUAAUUACAAUGGCUCUUCCAAGACCAAAAUCACCGAGACCUGUUACCCCACAAGCAAAGAAGGAUGAAUCAUUUUUAGAAUAUUUAGGCACUCUUGGUCGAAGGAAGAAGAUCAAAGAAGUUAAUGAACUCACAGCUGAAGGCAAAAAUGCAAUUGAUUCCCCAGGAAGUCCUGCUCCUCCUGAUUUAUUACCGCAAGAUUAUAUUCUGGAUGAGUUUGAAGAAAGAUCUAUGAUUGAACCAGCUUCAUUAGAUGAUCCAAAAUUAAAAGAACUUAUUAAUAUUCUAAUUGAAUGGAUUAAUGAUGAAUUGGCUGAUUAUCGAAUCAUUGUAAAAGAUAUUGAGGAGGAUUUGUAUGAUGGGCAGGUAUUGCAAAAAUUAUUGGAAAAAUUAAUGGAUGUAAAAAUAGAUGUUGUUGAAGUUACUCAGUCAGAAGAAGGACAAAAAAUAAAAUUGAAGCGUGUUCUUGAAGCUGCAAAUAAUGUCUUGGGUAUUUCAAACUUUAAUCAGCAAGCAAAAUGGAAUGUUGAAAGCAUUCAUUCUAAAAAUGUUAUUGCUAUUCUGCAUUUACUGGUUGCUUUAGCUCGACAUUUCAGAGCUCCGAUCCGUCUUCCAGAAAAUGUUGUCGUCAAUGUUGUAGUUGUUCAGAAAAGAGAUGGAAUGCUACAUACUAGAACAGUCGCUGAAGAACUUACUUCUACUUAUGAUGAUCUUGGAAUGAGAGUUGAGAGAGAUGCAUUUGAUACAUUGUUUGACCAUGCUCCACAACAAUUACAGUUAGUGAAAAAGUCUCUGGUGAGCUUUGUUAAUAAACACUUGAACAAAAUAAACCUUGAAGUUACAGAUCUGGAAACACAGUUUCAUGAUGGCUUAUAUUUAACACUUCUCAUGGGCCUAUUGGAAGGAUAUUUUGUGCCAUUGUUUUCAUUCAAUUUGACUCCUACAACUUUUGAUCAAAAAGUUCACAAUGUUGCCUUUUCAUUUGAGCUUAUGAUGGAUGCAGGUUUAAGCAAACCUAAAGCAAGACCAGAAGAUAUAGUGAAUUUAGAUCUGAAGUCAACACUACGAGUUUUGUACAACUUAUUUGCAAAAUAUAAACAUUUGAAUUGAAUUUAAUGUACAAGACUGUGAGAGUUGCAUUUCCCAUUUAAUAUUCAUCAUACGUGCUUCAGAUAUUUUAUUUACACUAUUAACUUUUUAUUAGCUUACUGUGACCUUUUUCUAUAAUGGAUGAAUAUUAUUAGGCAGUGCUUUUAAAUGUAAAUAAACUAUAUAUUUGUUA